GGGUCAGGAAGUUGGAGCACCCAUAGCACCUGCUUUUCUUUUUGUUGAUAAUUCUCAGUAACAAAUACACACAGUUUGUUGUCAGUGUUGCAGCAGUGGUUCCUCACUUACCAAUGAUGGCAGGUGGGGUACGAAAAGACGAAGAGGGGGACGAAAGUGGACUUGAAUUCGACGACGCCGAAGAGGUGGAUUAUCUGCCCGCUAGGAGUGGUCUGCCUGCUUCGUCACUUCCUCCGCAGGAAGAGCCGAGAGAUGGCCACAAGCUGUAUCAGGAUACCCUAUUGGAUGGAACACAGGAAAAAAAGGCAAAGAAACGAAAAGCCAAAGAUGGUAGCGAGAAGAAGAAAAAGCCUAAGAAGAAGAAACGCAGACAUGCCGACAGUGAUGUCGAGGAGAGUGACCAUGAGGGAGGAUCCGAUGAUGAGGUGGUGUUCUCAUCGAAAGAUAAGAAAAAGAAAACACCCAAACCUGACAAACCUGCUACAAGUAGUGGAGAGGAAACAUCUGCCGAGUUUUGCACACGUACGGGACUGAAGAAUGUGGAUAUAGUUUACACAGAGGACGACUAUAAGACGUUGAUCAACUACAAACUGUUCAGUCAGCACGUGCGGCCCAUUCUGAUCAAGGAGAACCCGAAGGCACCAGUCUCCAAGAUGGUCACAUUGCUGGCAGCGAAGUGGCGCGAGUUCGCCAAACAGAUCUCUCAGUACUCCAAAGGCUUGUUGACGCCGUUACCGUCAUCGACGGUUCAGUCUGAACAGGCUGCUCCAGAGACUCCGCAUAAAGGUGAUGGUGACACUGAAGCUGAUGUUGGCGUUGAUGACGAUGUGAAGUCACCGCCCGAGGAGCCUGUGGAGGAUGCUACGGAGGAAAGGAAUCGGAAACGAGGCCGAAAGAAGAAGAAGACUAUCAUAAUGGAGGAAGCUGAAGACCAAAUGGAUGAAGACUUUGAUGACUUUGGUGAAGAGAAAACUAAGAAACGCAGCAAGUCAAAGACGAAAUCGGUCGCUCCUCUUAAAAUUAAACUCUCAAAGAAAAAGAGGAGAAGAAAGGCAAGCUCUGAUGAGGAGGGUGGUUACAAUACGAGUGACGAGGAGUUCGAACGACAGCUUGAAGAGGCGGCCAUGAUAAACGAAGAAGACGAGGAUUUCGCCGAACCGAAGCGAAAGAGAACCAAGAAGGGAAAAGGCGGAAAACCGAGGAAGAAGACGAAACUGACGAGCAAAUAUCCCAAUGACCCUGACGCCGAGGGUUAUGAGACGGAUCACCAGGAUUACUGCGAGGUGUGCCAACAGGGAGGGGAGAUAAUCCUGUGUGACACCUGUCCGAGAGCGUAUCACCUGGUGUGUCUGGAACCAGAGCUGGAUGAAGCACCAGAGGGAAAAUGGAGUUGUCCUCGCUGUGAGGGUGAAGGAAUCAAGGAACAGGAGGAGGAUGACCACAUGGAGUUCUGUCGAGUGUGUAAGGACGGUGGGGAACUCCUGUGUUGUGACAGCUGCCCCUCCGCCUACCACGUUCACUGCAUCAACCCGCCACUCAAGAUCGUCCCGGACGGAAUAUGGCACUGCCCACGAUGUGAUUGUGAGCCUCUGAAGGGGAAGGUUUCCAAGAUUCUCACGUGGCGCUGGCACGAGCCGCCAAAGACCGAUGAUGAGUUGGACCACACCCACCACAUACAGACGAAGAAGGAACUGAGACAGCUGCGCGAGUUCUUCAUCAAGUGGGAGGAUAUGUGUUACUGGCACUGCUCCUGGGUCACAGAGCUACAGCUCGAUGUGUACCAUCCUGCCAAGUACCGGAACUAUAUCCGCAAAAAUGACAUGGACGAACCACCCCCACUGGAGGACGGCAGCAGUUACCGAGACAAGGUGAAAGGGGAGGAUCCACACAAUCUAGAGGAGAGAUUCUACCGGUACGGUGUGCGGCCUGAUUGGCUGACAAUUCACAGGAUCAUUAAUCACAGGACAACCCGAGAUGGUUCUGUCUGGUAUUUGGUCAAGUGGAGAGAUCUCGGUUACGACCAAGCGACCUGGGAAACUGAUGAAUCAGGAAUUGCCGACUUCAAGGACUUUGUUGAGCAGUAUGAACAGUUAAGGGCGUUGAUGUACGGUGGGAAAGAGCCCGAGAAAAAGGUGAAGAAGAAAACGAAGAGGUCGAAAGAUCGAGACGAAGGACCGCAGGUCAUACACAAAAUGCCUCCGCAGUUUCCAGUCACCGACUUGCGUAAGAAAUUAGAAAAGCAGCCGGAAUACACAGAUGAAACAGGAGGCAUGCUACAUCCGUACCAGCUUGACGGGCUCAACUGGCUGCGGUACUCGUGGUCGAACGGAACAGACACUAUUCUAGCUGACGAGAUGGGACUCGGUAAAACUAUCCAGACCAUUGUGUUCUUGUACUCCCUGUACAAAGAGGGACACUGCCGUGGUCCGUUUCUUGUGAGUGCGCCCCUGUCGACGAUCAUCAACUGGGAGAGAGAGUUCGAGUACUGGGCUCCGGACCUCUACGUGAUCACCUACAUCGGUGACAAGGACAGCCGCAUGGUUAUCAGAGAGCAUGAGUUUUCGUUUGACGAGGGAGCUAUUCGUGGUGGUGCGAAGGCGUCGAAAAUGCGUCAAGGCAGCAACGUCAAGUUCCACGUGUUGUUGACGUCGUACGAGUUGAUCAGCAUCGAUGCUGCGUGUCUCGGCUCCGUGGAUUGGGCCGUGCUGGUCGUGGAUGAAGCUCACAGACUGAAGAACAACCAGUCCAAGUUUUUCCGUAUCAUAUCGAACUACAAGAUCGGGUACAAGUUGCUGUUGACUGGAACACCGCUUCAGAAUAACUUGGAGGAACUUUUCCAUCUCCUCAACUUUCUCACUCCUGACAACUUCAGUGAUCUGCAAGGUUUCCUCAACGAGUUUGCCGACAUAUCGAAGGAAGACCAGGUGAAGAAACUACACACGUUGCUCGGUCCUCACCUGCUGCGUAGACUGAAGGCCGACGUCUUGUUAGGAAUGCCGUCCAAGAGUGAAUUCAUCGUCCGAGUCGAUCUCAGUACCAUGCAAAAGAAGUACUACAAGUAUAUCCUGACGCGGAACUUCAGUGCUCUGAACAUGAAAGGAGGACACCAGGUGUCGCUACUCAACAUCAUGAUGGAUCUGAAGAAGUGCUGCAACCACCCCUAUCUCUUCCCCAUUGCGGCUAACGAAGCCCCGCGAAUGCCGAAUGGAGCUUACGAAGGUUCAGCACUUAUCAAGGCAUGUGGUAAACUGGAGCUGAUGUCGAAGAUGAUGAGAGAGCUCAAGGAAACCGGGCACAGAAUUCUCAUCUUCUCUCAGAUGACGAAGAUGCUGGAUAUUCUUGAGGACUUCCUUGAAGCGGAGGGUUACAAAUACGAGAGAAUUGACGGAGGAAUUACAGGAGCUCUCCGACAGGAUGCUAUAGACAGGUUCAAUGGUAAGGAGUCCCAGGCAUUUGUCUUCCUGCUGUCGACGAGGGCCGGGGGUCUCGGUAUCAACCUGGCUACAGCCGACACCGUCAUCAUCUACGACUCUGACUGGAAUCCACACAACGACAUUCAGGCGUUCAGUCGAGCUCACCGGAUUGGCCAGUCUAACCGUGUGAUGAUCUACCGGUUCGUGACGCGGGCAUCAGUCGAGGAGCGGAUCACGCAGGUGGCCAAGAAGAAGAUGAUGCUCACCCACCUGGUCGUCAGGCCCGGCCUCGGCAACAAGAGUCAGACCAUGUCCAAGAAGGAACUCGACGACAUCCUCAAGUUCGGAACCGAAGAACUCUUCAAAGAAAACGACGACAACAAUUUGAACAAAGUAGGUGAAGAAAACCGUAUUGUUUACGACGACAAGUCGGUUUCUCAGUUGCUGGACCGGACCCAGGAGGGGCAGGAGGAGAAGGAGAUGGCGAUGAACGAAUAUCUCAGUUCGUUUAAAGUCGCCAGUUACACCGUCAAAGAGGGAGAGGAGGAAGAGGAGGAGCCUGAGACGGAGGUGUUGAAGCAGGAGGCAGAGCAUGCGGACCCAGCCUACUGGGAGAAACUGCUGCGCCACCACUACGAGCAGCAGCAGGAGGACAUGGCGCGCUCACUCGGCAAGGGCAAACGAGUCCGCAAACAGGUCAACUACAAUGACGCCAUGAACGGACAUGACGACGACGCCUGGAAGGAAACAAUGUCCGAUUUCGACUCGGACUUCAAUAAUGAAGAUGAUGAUGAUGAUUUUGAUGAAAAUCAAAGAGAUAUACCAGGUCGCAGAAGACGAGCUAACGAGAAGGAAAAGCCUUUGCCCCCACUGCUGGCUCGAGUGAAUGGGCAGAUAGAGGUACUGGGAUUCAAUGCCAGACAGAGGAAGGCAUUCCUGAAUGCCGUGAUGAGAUGGGGCAUGCCACCACAGGAUGCUUUCAACACUCAGUGGCUCGUUCGAGAUCUCCGUGGGAAGACGGAGAAAGUGUUCAAAGCUUAUGUAUCACUGUUCAUGCGCCAUCUUUGUGAACCAGGGGCAGAUAACUCUGAAACGUUUGCAGAUGGAGUGCCAAGAGAAGGUCUCUCACGCCAGCAUGUGCUGACAAGGAUUGGAAUAAUGUCUCUUGUUCGGAAGAAGAUCCAAGAAUUUGAAGCCAUUAAUGGCACUCACAGUAUGCCGUAUGUAAAAGCCCAGGACGCAGUAGAGAAAAUGAAGAAGGAGAAAGAAUCUGCUUCGUCAGCCGUGCCGUCACCUGCGACCAGUGAAAAGAAAUCGGACAAGUCAGCAAUCAAGCAGGAAGAAAAAGGAGAUAAAGAAGGAAAGAAGGAUGAAAAGAAAGAAGAAAAGGAUGAGGAAGAUAAGAAUAAAAAGGAUGUUGAAGAAAAGAAGGAAGAAUCGGAGGAAAAGAAAGAAGUGGAGGAAAAGAAAGAAGUGGAGGAAAAGAAGGAUGAAGUGAAAACUGAAGAAGAAUCGGAGAAGCCCAAGGAGGAAGAAAAAGAGGCAGAAGUAAAGACUGAGAAAGAUGUUGCCAUGGAAACUGAAAAAUCCGAGGAGGAGAUUAAAGAAGAAGUUAAGGAUGUGGCCGAGGAGGGAAAAGAAAGUGAAAAACCCGCUGAGGAAAAGACUGUGAAGGAGGAGCCUAUGGAGACGGAUAAAACAGAGGAGAAACCAGAAGCAGCAACAAAAGAGGAAGAAAAGCCUAAAGAAGAAACGGAGAAAAUGGAAACUGAUGAAAAGAGUGAAGAAAAGUCGGAAGAGAAAGUAGAAGAGAAGAAAGAUGGCGGUGAAGAAAAAUCGGAUAGUGAUGCCAAAAAGGACACUGAGGAAGGAAAAGAAGUCUCUGAUGAAAAGAAGGACGACUCGAAAGAAGAUAAAUUGAGCGAGGACGGCAAAAAGUCAACUGAGGAAAAAGAAAAGCUGUUGGAAGAAAAAGAAAAGUCAAAAGAAGAGAAAGAGGAAUCUGCUGAAAAGAAAGAAAAGUCGGAAGAGAUAAAAACUGAAGUGAAAGAAGAAAAAGAAGGUAAAGAAGAAAAGACACAAGCCGAAACUGAUGAUAAAGAGAAAGCUCCUAAAGUAGAGAAGGACAAAGAAGGUGAUAAAAAGGAGGAAGUUACCAAGACGGAAGAGGAGAAGAAGGGGGACGAGACGUACCAGAAGUUCAUGUUCAACAUCGCCGAUGGAGGAUUCACCGAGCUGCACACUCUGUGGGCCAACGAGCAACGAGCUCUCUUCCCCGGGCGCGAACACGAGGUCUGGCACCGUCGUCACGACUACUGGCUUCUUGCUGGAAUUGUCACUUUUGGCUAUGGCCGCUGGCAGGACAUUCAAAGUGAUGGACGAUUUGAGAUCAUCAACGAACCGUUCAUCAGUGAGCAGGGCAAAGGCAACUUCCUGGAGAUCAAGAACAAGUUCCUGGCUCGCAGAUUCAAGCUGCUGGAGCAGGCCCUAGUGAUUGAGGAACAGCUGCGACGAGCUGCCUAUUUAAAUCUCACCCAGGACCCCGCGCACCCAGCCAUGGCGCUCAAUGCAAGAUUUGCUGAGCUGGAAUGUCUUGCCGAAUCUCACCAGCAUCUGUCCAAGGAGUCUCUUGGUGGAAACAAACCUGCUAACGCAGUUCUUCACAAAGUGCUAAAUCAACUGGAGGAGCUUCUCAGUGACAUGAAACAGGACGUGGCUCGACUUCCCGCCACGCUGGCCCGCGUCCCGCCCGUCACACAGCGACUACAGAUGUCCGAGAGGAGUAUACUCAACCGAUUGGUCAAUCCCAACCAGCAGUCUGCCUCCGUGACCCAGUCUCAGCCAGUCAUAUCCAACGCCACGUCUGGGUCGGCCACAGCAGCCGCAGCCGCAGCCGCAGCUGCAUCCAUUUCGGCGUCAGCGCAGAUCACGAAUGCUGCCGCUUUCCGAUCUCAGCACGCGAUGUCUGCCUUGCCAGUGAGCACGUUCGCAACAGGUCCGCUUGGAUUUUCUCUGAUGCCUCUGGUUGCAGGUCCAGUUCCUGGAAGCCAGAAUCUAAAGAACACCCCCCAGCCAAGCCCCUCCCACCGUACCCCGGUCACCACCCCAGGUGAGCAAAUGAUCAGCAGCCUCAUCGAUUCCAUUUUCCCCACCAUGUGAUGCAUGCAGCGGGGGGUGAAAAUACCAAAUAUCUAUGUCACAUGGUUCUAGUGGACAGGCUGAAGAUUUGAGUAAGAAAUCUGACGAGAAAACGGAAGGAGCGAAGGUUCCGGGCAAAAAGGGAGGAGACAUCAUAUGCAUCGAUGAUUAGGCUUAUUUACGACAUCAUGACGAAUUAAGAUAUUUUUUUAGUAACAUUACAGAUGGGACGUUAACAAAAACAUUACAAAUUAAACACCUGACAAUAACUGUUGCUUGUGUCUAAGGCCAUUUUUCUCUGUCAUCGGCCUCAAUUAUCACUUCAUAUUCAGGAGGUGUGUGUUUGUGUGUGUUGUCAUGACGAUUAUUGUGAUGCUGGUUAAUUGUUGUUGAGUGAUGAUGUCCUUCAUUGUUUAUCAUUUUCGUGUACAGUCUACGAUAUCGAAGCCAGUGGUUUCAAAAUGGUACAGGAAUUUUGCAAAAGAAAACAAAACGGUACAGGAAUUUGUGAAAGAGCGUGUGAAAUUUUAUUACAAUUUGUAACAGGGUGUGCAAAAAGUUAAUAAAUAUAAAGGUCUGUGAAAAAUGGAGUGUGUGCACAGCCAUAGAUUGAUCUGCCUGUGAAUACGACAAUAAAGGGUGACUAUUAA